CGUAUUCAUCAUGGACAGAAGAUAGGGUGUUCGUUGACCAACAGCGAGUUUCCAAACUGGCAUAUAAUCACCGAAUACAUCAUAAACAUUACUUAUCGUCCUCAGAUCACAAUUUCUGGCGUUGAUCCUGGGCAUGUGCUUGAGAUUAAAGUUGGCGAUGCUGUCAACAUCACGUGUGACGUAGAUUCGAACCCAGCUGCAAGUGUCCAUUGGUCGCGUAACACAUCGAGAGUGUCGGAAGAUCAUCGAUUGACGAUAAACGGAUCCGUGCAACCAGGCUAUUACAACUACACGUGCUUUGCUUCAAACGGUGUCGGUCGCGCUGAGAGAACGAUCCGUAUGAUCGUGAAAGCUGCCGAUGCGCUGCCAGAUAAGGCAAGAGCCUCGUCGCCUCCUGCAGAUCUGGUGACUCCCGUGUCGGUAGCGGCCAGCGGGACUGCCGUUCUAGUGGUGGUUCUUACGGUAAUGGUCGUCUGCAUUACACGUCGACAGAUAAAGAGGAAGAGACAGGGGACAACCGAAGAAAGAGCACUACAACCGUCCCAUGGUCAUGUUCAACAGUUGAGUAAUACGGAGACCAGUUUCCCUCCAGUAGCUGAAUGUUCCGAUUAUGCCUCGGUGACUUCCAGCCACCUUCAGACGAGUGCAUCCUCGAACUCCAGACCGCAGAUUGAGAUUGUGAACCAAAGUCCUGAACGAUUCACUGCGCACGUUGUAAAUAGCGAUGACCAGGAGUACUCUACGGUGGUGCCCAGGAAACAGAGAACAGCCGCAUCUCAACAGGAACUGGCGUUCCAGAUGGAGAAUCCCACACUGAUAUACGCCGAGCUGGACCUUUCUCCGGGAACUGCCACAGUUCACAGGACCACUGAAGAAGCUGUUACGACCUACGUGUCGAUUGACUUCGCUGCUACUGCCAGAAAUGUUGACACCGCAAAUGAUUCGAACUAAUGGUGUGAGUGUCGCGGAGAAUACGUGGUUAUUGUUGUUCCGAUGCAGAUACGUUUUAGCGAGACUUAGACACAUUUGCGACGAGCUUUGUAAAUGCAUGUUAAGGUAUCUAUAUUCGACACCUGGUAUUCAGUUUGUAAUCCGAUCAUUAUUUUGGCAUUUUUCUGUCUUUAUACGUGAAAUUGCAAGUGAUGUUGUUUUUAAUAUUCAGGAGUGGUCAAUUUUGUGCUUUAGACGUACUCACACUCUAAAUACAUGCAUUUUGAUGGUAUGUUUCAUUUGGCUUUUUCGGAAGAUGGCUAUGAACGUUUUUUGUUAUGUUAUUUCUCAAGGAUAUUACAAAAUCAAGAAUUAGGGACGAUCAUUUAUGUGGAAAGAAACUACACUAAAGGCCUUGUUGUUGACUGAGUUAAACUAAAUUUCGUACGGCAUAACAUACAUGUAAUUCAAUACAUUUAAUCAUACAAUAUACUGAAUAGAUUUGGAAGAUGAAUUUCAAUAUUAAACAUUCAAAUAAUGAAUAGCAUCCUUAUAGCAUUUGAUGUUGUAUU